AAAAAAAAAAUUAAAAAAUGGAGUCACUAUACAACGAGUUAAGAAUCGAAAUAUUCAAAUUUGUAGAUACACCAAUUUCACUCGCUCUCACUAAUAAAAAGUGGUAUGCAAUCUCGCAAGAUCCGCAGUCUCGCGCCGAUUGGCUAAUUUAUAAGUACGGUCAUGCUCAUGCACUGUUCCAUGCAGUAAGACUUGGGAACAGCUUUCUAACAAGCGAAGUAUUACAUUCUUUGCUAAGUAAAAAUGCAAUAAUUUCAAGAUAUUUCAUACAGCGUCUAUUGAUGCAUUUCGGACCAUAUGAUGAAAAGUUGAUUGAACUCAAAAUUGAGCAUGAUAAUGUGAAUCAGGUCGAUUUUGAUAGAAUUCGAGCCUUUCAAAAAAAAUUAAGUUCUCCAUGGGCAUCUAAUUUACCCUUACCAAUUUUUACAAAAUUGAUUACUGCGGGUUAUAAUAUUUUAAACGAUGAAAAUCUCGUGAUCAAAGGAAAUGAUAUGGAAUUAUUUCAUUUUCUAUCAACUGGCCCUUUAGUAAUUAAUCAAGCACCUCAAAAACUCUUUCAAAGUCUUGGUGAGGAUUUAAUAAUAAAUAAAAAAUUCGUAC